AUGAAGCUGCUCUUUGUACUGGUCUUGUAUCCCGUGAAGGAGUACAUUUUUCAGACCUACGACGACGUGCAGCAGAGCCUGCACCCGCACACAAAGGGUCGGAAGGUCCCCUAUAGCUACACGGAGGUGCCGGGUUUUCGGAUGGUGUGA